AUGUCGCUGAAGCUGGGCGGUCAAGAUAUGAUCCUCCUGAACAGCCCCGAAGUAGUCAAAGAUCUCAUCGAGAAGCGAAGCAACAUCUAUUCAGGUCGUCCAGAUCUCUACAUGCGCGAGUUCGGAGACGGCUUGAACAUUGCUCUACGAGACAACGACGAGACAUGGCGACGCCAACGCAAGAUGUACCACGUCCGUCUCAAUGUGAAGACAGCAAACAGCUAUCUGCCCUAUCAGAUAUUUGAGAGUAUGCAGCUCAUGCAUGACAUGGUAGAGCAUCCCGACAACUGGGUAGGCAAUCUACAGAGAUAUACAGCGAGCAUCGCCUCCACCGUUCUGUACGGUUGGCGAACACCCAACGUGUAUACAGGAUAUGUCAAGGGUCUUAUCGAGUGGAUGGACCGAACGUCAGCAGCGAUCAAUCUGCAGCCGGUCGACUUUUUCCCCUUCCUUCGUCCAUGGUACCGGGUGAUGCCUGUCUGGAUGAGCUCUUUCAAACGAGCGCUUUCCGAUAUUCAGAAACUGGAAGAUCGGCUUUUCUACCAACUGCUCGAAGGAGCCAAGGAGAAGAUCGCCCUCGGGAAGAAAUAUCCCAGCUUCAUUCGAGACAUGCUCAUUGACAAGGACGCCGAUCGCCUCUCAGAGAGACAAAUUGCCCAUAACGCAGGGCAUGGUUUUGGUGCAGCAACAGACACGACUUGGAACACGUUGCUAGGAUUCGUUAAAGCGAUGAUUCUUUUCCCCGACGUCCAGAAAAAGGCGCAGGAAGAGAUCGACCAGGUCAUCGGUGCCGAUUGCAUGCCUUCCUGGGAAGACCGGGAGCGUCUCCCUUAUAUUCGUGCCGUGGUGGAAGAGACGCUAAGAUGGGCUCCGAGUCCGAUCAGCGGCGCCGUGCCACGUUCGGUCGCCUGCGAUGAUGUCUACAACGGCAUGAAAAUCCCCAAAGGCGCCACUGUCAUGAUGAAUAUAUGGACCUUGAACCACAACACAUACGAAAACUCUCGCGCUUUUGAUCCAUCGCGUUUCAGUGCAGAGGCGACCCUGAACGAGAGCUACGGCAUCAACGCCGACUCGCUCAACCGACCGCACUUUACCUUUGGUGCGGGACGGCGAGUAUGUCCUGGAUUCCACGUCGCGGAACGGGCCUUAUUCCUGGCCAUCUCGCGACUACUAUGGGGCUUUGAAUUUCACCGAAAAGUGGACGCGAACGGGAACCCUCUUCCUAUCAACCGUGACGCCGUGACGCCAGGCUUCAUCGUCAGGCCAGAAGCCUUUGAAUGUGACAUCCGACCGCGGGGACCGGAGCGCGUGGCCCUGAUAAAGUCAACGUGGAAGGAGGCCCAGACAAGGCUGGACGCAGAUGGCAAUUUCAAGGAGGAGUUUUUCCAAAGCAUGCUCUCCAAGAAAGAGCGCGGGUCAUGA